AUGUACAACCUGCAUACACUCUCCCGCAUCAAAGAUCUCAAGUGCUCGAAAAGAUUACUUGAAUUGAUACCAAACUUGAAGAAGCUGGGAAUCAUUUACUCAUAUGAAGCGGGAUGGUCAGAACAUGGGUUGGACAAUCUUGUUCAUCUGCAUAGGCUUGAAAAGUUGAGUUUGUAUGCAGAGCCGUAUCCAAAUUUGAAGGAUGAUCUGUCUCAGAACAUUGCUUUCCCAUUGACAUUGAACAAGUUGAGCUUGAGUGGCUGCAGAUUUCCAUGGGAGGAUAUGAGAAUGAUUGGAGUGCUGCUGCCUAAUCUUCAAGUGCUCAAACUGAAACGACGAGCCUGCUAUGGAACUGAAUGGGAAACAACCGAAGGGGAAUUCUGCCAACUGAAGGUGCUAUUAGUAGACAGCACUGAUCUCCUUCAAUGGAUCACACAGAGCUCCCAUUUCCCCAGGCUUGAGCGCCUAACUCUGUAUGAAUGCGAUAAUUUGAGGGAGAUCCCAUGUGGUUUUGGAGCUCACCCAACGCUGGAUUUGAUUGAAGUUGAUAUCAGCAACUCAACAAUGGUGGAAUCUGCAGAAUGUAUCAAAGAAGAGCAAGAAAGCUAUGGCAAUGAACUACUGCAGGUUCGUUUACUCAAGUCACGUAGCUGGCCAAGUUGACUCAAUCGCGAUGUGAACAUACAUAUUCUCGAGCAAUUCUUGGUUGUGUUGAUUAGAUGAUCAUUAUGUUUUUAUUUGGUAUUGUAGUAUCUUCUUUCUCAAAUAUUGCAUGUGCUUAAACUGUGGUAUUGUAACUUUUUUCUCAAAUAUUACGUGUGCUU